GUCUUGUGAUCAUGCACAUGAUUCAUUAUCAUUCGCCCCAGAGUGCUGCAUGAAACAGCCUGAGAUUAAGCCUUCAAGCCUCCAAAGUCUCGCAUUAUUCACCCGAGUCAAUCAUGGCUAUCACUAAACCAUCUAGCGGUCCUGACCCUAUUCUGCUCACACUCUUCGCGAAUCGUUUUAUGAGCGUCGCAGAGGCAAUGGGCAGGUCUUUGCAACAGACCUCUAUCAGUACUAACAUAAAGGAACGCUUGGACUUCUCCUGUGCACUCUUCGCUCCUGACGGCGAUUUGGUCGCAAAUGCGCCAUUCAUCCCGAUUCAUCUUGGAUCUAUGAGCUUCGCUGAGUUGAAAGAUGGUGAUGUGCUAAUGACCAACUCUCCUCAUGCUGGGGGAUCGUACUCUUUCGACAAAGGGACCAACGAGAUCAUAUUCUUCACUGCCUCCCGAGGACACCAUGCUGAUAUCGGCGGCAUACUGCCUGGGUCUAUGCCGCCUACGUCUGUGAAUAUAUUCGAAGAGGGUGCGGAAAUCGUGAGCCUGAAGAUCGUAAACGACGGCAUGUUUGACAAGAAGGGGUUGUACGAGUAUAUGGUCGAAAAACCAGCACAAUAUCCGGGGAGUUCGGGUUGCAGGAACAUCAAGGACUUCGUCGAUGACUACAGUCUCGAAACUGUUCAAGAAUACAUGUAUCAUAUUAGGAAGAAUGCCGAGAACUCGGUUCGAAGUCUGCUACGCGACGUCGUCAAAAAUUCGGGAACUAAUUUUCUCAGUGCCGUGGACUAUCUGGAUGAUGGAACUCCAAUCCAGCUGAAAGUAGAGAUCAACGAGGAAGAAGGAUCUGCUGUUCUAGAUUUCGAGGGUACAGGAUGCGAAGUUAGGGGAAACCUGAAUGCCCCGAUUUCAGUGGUACACUCCGCCGUGAUCUAUUGCAUGCGUGCAAUGCUGAAUGUUGACAUACCGCUCAACGCUGGCUGUCUUGUCCCCAUCGAGAUCAAGAUUCCCAAAAAAUGCCUUCUUUCCCCAUCCAGGACCGCUGCUGUGUGUGGUGGAAAUGUAUUGACCUCGCAGCGCAUUGUAGAUGUAGUCCUUAAGGCUUUUCAUGCGUGUGCUGCUAGUCAAGGGUGCACCAACAAUUUGACCUUUGGUACGGGCGGUAAAGAUAAGGAUGGCAUAGCCAUUGCUGGAUGGGGUUAUUAUGAGACCAUCGCGGGUGGAUCAGGAAGCGGCCCAGGAUGGCAUGGCACAUCCGGUGUACAUACUCAUAUCACAAACACCCGCAUUGGCGAUGUCGAAAUUCUUGAACGCCGUUAUCCCAUUCUCGUACACCGCUUCGGUCUUAGACCGGGCUCUGGAGGGAAAGGUGAAUGGAAUGGCGGCGAUGGUGUAAUCCGAGAGUUUGAGGUUAUGCAAGGGAUGCAAGUGUCUAUCCUAAGCGAGAGACGUACACGUGCACCAUACGGCAUGGCAGGUGGCGAGCCCGCCAUGAUGGGACGCAACACUUGGAUCAAGCAGCGCCGCGCCGAAGACAGUGAUAUACCCGAGGAAACCUCUGAGGAAGAUAUGGGACCACGCUGCAUAAAUAUAGGAGGGAAAGCGACGGUGUUCAUGGGAAAAGGAGAUCGCCUAUUGAUUGAGACACCCGGUGGCGGAGGUUGGGGUAUGCCCGACGAAGGCCAGUUCGAAACUACUGACGAACACAAGCAUCCCUGGGAAGCAAGAGGAAGUUUGGCAGAGAGAGCUGCUGCCCAAGCUGGAUUCUAGGGGCCAUUUCGCGACGAGUCUUCAGUGUGUUUUUCCGAGUCGGGCAUGUAGGUAAUGAUUUGAAGGCGCAGCGCCAUUCCAGUCUUGUGUGGCGCUGCAGUAGUGCAUCAAGUUCGACUAGUACUUUGUCGCUACAAAUUACAAUAGGCCCAGCACAGCUUGCAGGCUGCAGGGCAUCGCGUCUUAACAGCUUCAGGAGUGAUGAGUGCUCCACUACCCUUCCGAAGUCCAAAUGUUGACAAGAACAGCGCGUAACGUAACAACAUAAUAAUAACUCAGUGUUUCGGGCGCUCAAAGAGUUCAC